AUGACAUCAUGGGCUAGGGAACAGUGAGCAGCCAGUGAAGCAUCCAGCCUGCCGAACAAGCUUGCUUUUAGGGUCAGGAACUGGUCUGACAAGAGAAUGGCGAUCCUGCCUCUAAACUGUCACUAGGAUCUUGGCGAUGAAUCAACCAGCACCUGCGCCUCAACGGAGAGACAGCAAGCUAGAGAAUGUGAAGAUAUAUUUCAGGACAUUGUGAGUGUUACUAAAGAUGUCUGAUAGUGCCGAUAUUGAGGAGAAACCACCAGCCCCCCCCUUGAGAAUGAACAGUAGUUCCCGAGACUCUUCAUCAGUGAAUCACGCCUCCAAACCGCUUCCAAUGGCUCCAGAAGAGAAAAACAAGAAAGCCCGCCUGCGCUCUAUCUUCCCCGGGGGAGACAAGACAAACAAGAAGAAGGAGAAGGAGCGUCCAGAAAUAUCACUUCCCUCAGAUUUCGAACACACCAUUCACGUUGGAUUUGACGCUGUAACGGGAGAAUUCACAGGAAUCCCGGAACAAUGGGCACGACUCCUCCAAACGUCCAACAUCACCAACUGGAGAGAGAAGAACCCCCAGGCUGUGCUGGAUGUACUGAAGUUUUAUGACUCCAAAGAGACCGUCAACAACCAGAAAUACAUGAGUUUCACCUCCGGAGACAAAUCUGCACAUGGGUACAUCGCAGCAAAUACUCUGAACCGGCUGCUGUCGUCUGGGCCUCCCGUCAGCCUCAGAACCUGCAGCGCAUUAUUUGACAAGGGUGCCAAAACCUCUAGAGCCCCCAUUGCUCCUCCAGUCUCAGAGGAGGAGGAUGAGGAGGAAGAAGAAGAGGAAGAGGAGGAGGAAGAGGAGGAGGACGAAGACGAGGUGCCUCCCAUGAUCGCCCCUCGGCCUGAACACACCAAAUCUAUUUAUACCCGGUCUGUUAUGGACCCUCCAAAGCCCCCUACCCCAGUUAAAGAGGUGCCCACUCCUCCCGAGUCCCAGGUGCAGCCCGACAACACGCCCAACACCCUGUACCGCAACACGGACCGGCAGAGGAAGAAGUCUAAGAUGACAGAUGAGGAGAUCCUGGAAAGACUUAGGAGUAUUGUGAGCGUGGGAGAUCCCAAAAAGAAGUACACGCGCUUUGAGAAAAUUGGACAAGGGUAAGGGCAAUCUGGCACUGUGUAUACUGCUAUAGACAUAGCGACUGGCCAAGAGGUGGCCAUUAAACAGAUGAAUCUGCAGCAACAACCCAAGAAGGAGCUGAUCAUCAAUGAGAUUCUGGUGAUGAGGGAAAACAAGAACUCAAACAUAGUCAAUUAUCUGGACAGUUACUUGGUGGGAGACGAGUUGUGGGUGGUUAUGGAGUAUUUGGCUGGUGGCUCGUUGACAGAUGUAGUGACAGAGACGUGUAUGGAUGAGGGCCAGAUCGCUGCGGUCUGCAGAGAGUGUCUUCAGGCUCUGGACUUCCUUCACUCCAACCAGGUCAUUCACAGAGAUAUAAGAGCGACAAAUAUCCUCCUUGGUAUGGAUGGAUCUGUCAAACUCACUGACUUUGGGUUCUGCGCUCAAAUCACGCCAGAGCAAAACAAGCGCAGUACAAUGGUGGGCACGCCCUACUGGAUGGCUCCAGAGGUCGUGACGAGAAAAGCCUAUGGCCCCAAAGUGGAUAUCUGGUCUCUGGGUAUCAUGGCAAUAGAAAUGGUCGAAGGAGAGCCCCCAUAUUUGAAUGAAAAUCCCCUGAGGGUAAGAAGCACUGGGCCCCUGUACCUUAUAGCAACUAAUGGCACUCCAGAGUCAAACCCAGAGAGACUGUCAUCAGUUUUCAGAGACUUCCUCAAUCGCUGUUUGGAGAUGGACGUGGACCGCAGAGGCUCAGCCAAGGAGCUACUGCAGAAUAACUUCCUGAAGCUGGCAAAGCCUCUGUCCAGCCUGACGCCUCUGAUUGUAGCUGCAAAGGAAGCCAUAAAGAACAGCAGUCGCUAAGACGUGCCCUGUCUCCAGGCCCAAAGCUGCAGCACUUACACAGGAGAAGUGCAUUUUGGGUGUUUGGAUGGUGCAUGGUGUGUCUGAGACAUCUCCAUAUGGGUUACUGUGUAAUUUUAUUACGCAGGGACUAUACCCCAGGCUCCGUAUGCAGGACAGACACUGGCCUUGCAGCCUCACGUCGCACGCUGCUCAAACUUUGCCUCCAUGUUUCCUUUUCCAGCACUGUACAAACGGUGCAUCUCGACCUGUGUCUGAAUGUGUGUUUGAAUGGUCAUGUUUGGAAGGCUCCCAUACCAAAAGAAGGAUUGGUAAAAGCCAGGAACUUCAGGAGUGAGUACAAACCGCCUGUGAUCCCUCUCCAAAGCUUUAGGUCAGGUUCCUUUAGUCCCCUCGGUGGAGCAAGGCCUCAUCUUAAGCUCUUGUUUCUUGAGGGACUCUGGAUCCUACAUUUCAUGCAUGACAACAACUGUGUGGAGCAACACUGCUGCAGAUUUCACAUCUCAAGGUGGGACAUUACUGUGUAGAUGUGUGACAUAAUGGGGGUGAGUGUGUGUGUGUGUGUGUGUGGGGGGGGUGUGUGUGUGUACAGUGGAUGCAGAUAAAGUGAGAGAGUGAUUUAGUAUUUAUCUUACAACGUGGACAUUUCAGGAACAUCAGUUUACCACUUUAGGUCACCAAAAUAUUUAAAUUGAAGGAUGAUUUACAACACAGAAAACUCAAAUACUUUAAUGUAGUAUUGAUAUUUAUGGUACUAGCAAUGUAAGGUUAUUUCAGAAUACUAAGCAAACUCUAAACUAACUAAUUCACCACUAAUAUGCAGGAUAAUAAAUCUAUUCAGGUACUAACCUAAAGUAUACGCCAAAGUACAGUUCGAUGUUUCAGACAGCAUGCUGUAAUGGUCUGUGUACACUCCAGUUCAGCACUGCAUAUCGCUGCUGCUUUACAUGUGCCUGUUAAACCAGGAAACAAUGACAUCUCAUGAAAGCAAAAUUAUAACAAUAUAAAACAGUAACAACUUCAAUUUAAAUUACAGUCAUUCUGAGGUUUGAACAGAAAUCAACAUGUUGUUUUAGCCGCUGCUCAUGAUACAGUGUCUUUAAAUUGUGUCUUAUGUGAUGUUUGUUACGUGACCUGUGUGUGCUGUAGUGGGUGGCUUAUUAGAAAGAAAUUUUUUUUUAAUGACUUGUUUAAUGACCAAUACAAACCGGAAACUGUGGAGCAAAACUAUUAUGUUGUGUCUUUGUUGCCGGUUUAAAAAUGCUGAAAAGUAUGCCUGCUUUGUGUUCAUAUAGUGUGUAUUUUUUACCAUUUAGCAUCCCUGUGUGAGUGUGUGUGUGAGGGAACUGCCUCGAUCUGCACUAUAGUUAAUGCCUCACUUGUAUGUUCCACUCUGAGGUGCAGGGUAAGCUGCUUGGUCAUACUAACCUCCACUGUACAACAAAUGUACACAAGAUUGGAGGUUGCAACAGAGCCCAUGCAUGAAACACAAACUUAACACUGUAUCUCAUCUUCAAAUAGAUUGUUAGGAUAUUUAUGUAUGUAUGUAAAUAUAACAGGAGGCCACCUUUUUCAAAAUAUAAAUCAAUAUUCAGGUUGCUGUAUGUAUCAUUAAAUGUUUUGCACCCUGGAAGAGGAGAAAUACACUUGUCGCUGCACUCCUGGAUACUGCUUUGAGCUCAUCGGAUGCUCUUUGAUUUGGGACAAAAAGCCGAAAAUGCACUCCUCUGUGUGCAGGCCCACACAGACUGUCCCAGUGUCCCCCUGUUGACGUCCCAUCUGAGGAUGGGACGCUCUAAAUGUACAGGUCUCAACUAUGAGCACAACAAGAGACAACACGGACUCCACCCCCUCUCUGUGGUUGCUCCUGUACAUUCCUAUCAUUUGAAUGUGUAAAACGUGGUGUGAUAAAAUCCUCUAUUAAUGUGUAUCAAGAGAAUGGAACAAAGACAAAAAAUGUUACUUUUUAAAUUAUUAUCAUUAUUAUUACUCUUAUUCUUGUCUAGCUUUGUAAAAAACUGCUGAUCCAUCCGGCAUACCUCAGCAGACUUUCCCCCAUCUCGGACACGGACAAGCUUAUGAUGGGGAAUUGAGGUUUUGGAUAAACUAUUUUUAAUUGUGGUUGAAGCAAUAGACUUUUUGAACUUUGAAUUGUGCAUGGCUGUGUCUUGAGUGUAAAAAAUGCAGUUUGGGAACUGGACUGAAAUAAAAAAAAAGAGGACAAAAUUUAC